AUGGCAUUAUCGACACUUUGUCUUUUGCUUUUUCUCAGUUUAACUGAUGUUAUCAAUGGUGCUGGUAAUUGUAUUGACUCCAGUACUGUUAGCGUAAAUGUGCCGAUUUCUGGUGGGUGUACUCAAGGAGGAUAUCGACAAUCUGUUAUUGAUUAUUGGACACCAGAAAGAAUGGCUUCAGCUAAACCAAUGCAACGAAAGAUCACUAUAAAGGGAAACAUUCCUUUUGUAAAAAAUCAUAAAGACAAUGAAAUCGAACGAAUCCUGACACCGAGUACCAUUCAAUCUAACACACGUGGCGCACAAAACCCUCCCGCUUCUGGCCGAGUUUUCUUCAAUUACGGCAACAUGUCAUAUUCGUGUUCUGGUUCAGUUGUUACUGCUAACAAUACAGCUACUGUAGUUACAGCUGGCCACUGUGUCUAUGACAAUGAUACUAAACAGUGGGCAACCAAUUGGAUUUUUGUACCUGACUAUAACAAUGGUAGUGCUCCUUAUGGUAUCUUUACAGCUCGUAUAUUAAUAACAACUCCAGAAUGGAAAAACAAUGCCAAUUUCAGCUAUGAUGUGGCAUUAGCCAUAAUGUGUCCUAAUAAUGGUACACAUAUACAAACGAAGGUUGGAGGCGGAUUUACAGUAUCAUUGAAUGCAAGUCAAACAGGGUCAACAAUUGUACGUGGUUAUCCGGGCAAUAUGAACAACGCCCAAACAAUGAGCAAUUGUACCGGUAGCACCACAAAACCAGGCACUGCUCUUCUUUCUCCUUUUUCUAUUAGUGGUAUAAAAAAUUACGAUGGAUUCGAAAUCUAUUGUACUAUGGGACCUGGUUCAUCUGGUGGCCCAUGGGUUCGACCAUUCAACAGUAGUACUUCGUUAGGUUUACAAGUAUCGGGUACCAGCUUCGGAAUUGUUUUUCUUGGUAUCCAGUUACCCUACCUUUAUGGUCCCCGCUAUCAACAAUCGAAUAUCGGUAAACUCAUGGAUGCAUGUCAAAGUGCAUAA